AUGUCUGCGCCUCUCAGUCAUCUGCUCAGGACCCAUGCUGCUCGUGCGGAUGAGGAUCCAAUACUGAGCGCCACCCUACGAAACCAGCAAAUAGCGCCUUCCCUCCUCUAUUACGCCGACUCCGAAGUAGUCUGUGCAAUCUUCGAGUUCGUCAAAGGCUCUCAGGUAGAAGAAAGCCGUCGUCGGGAGUCGGUCUCGGAGCAACCCGGACUUGGGAAUGCACCCGCGCGCAAGAACUACUGCAGCUCGGGGUGGAUAGUGGUUACCCACGUUUGUGCGCGUUGGAGAAAGAUUGCCUUGAAUGCGCCGCAGCUCUGGAUAGAUCUUGCCGACCACUUUGCCAUACAGCCCUCCCUCCUCUCAUUAUCCCUCGCGAGGACAAAGAACAUCCCCCUCCGUGUCGAUCUGCAUGGUCUCGCCCUCGAGAAGAUCCGCUGCCAGCCAAGACGCCGAUACAUCGCGACUGCGCUAGCUGAACGUAUCCAAGAACUGCAUGUUCGCUCAUUGACCAUCGAGACGUUCCGCCUUUUCGAAGACUACUUUCGGCACUUUUUCCUGAGCCUGCGCAAACUCAGCGUAGCCAUGGACCUUGAUAACGGCGAGACGUUCCCAUCGCUCCCCGUCGGACUCUGUUCCAGCUCUUACAUCACCGAUCUGGAGCUCGAGAAUUGUCUUCCAUCGAGCUGGGAUGCUCCUUUCUUCAGCCCUUGCCUCGAGCGCCUCGUUCUUCUUGCGUGGACUGCAUAUUCGAAAGGCAUCAUGCCGACUAUGCGAGAGUUUACAGAUGCCCUCCUGCACUUGACCUUGCUGAAGACGCUGGAGAUUCAAGAUGUCUUUCCCAUCGUCGAACCGGGCGUGGUAUACCAGUCGAUAGCGGUCCCUUCGACGCUACGCUCUCUAUCUUUGCUCAGCGUCGAGCCGCGCCCUUCUCAAGAGCUCGAGUUUCUGACACUGCUCACAUAUCUGGACAUCCGCCACGACAUACACCUCGAUGUUCUUGUCAGCAGCUCAACGAACACAGGCUGGUCAAUCAACAGCGACGUUGGGCAGAUCGCACUAUCCCUCAUUUCUUCGGCCAUCCAAACCGCCUACCGUCAUCAGAGUCCCCCUCUACACCUUCUCCUUGGCGAGAAGGCGUUCGUGACCCACAACUCCGAGGACUGGCCAUCAUCCUUAGAACGCAAUUGGCCGAUGUCUGCGCCAAUGUCCGAGGAGUUGGAAACAUACGCGGACAUGCCUGGGGCUUCUUCUCUCAUCGCUUUCAACUUCGAUCUCGAGUGCAGCCCUGAUUCCUGCUCAUGGCACGAUGGGACUAUUGCAAUACCUUUGCAAACCGUACGCACCAUCGCGCUGGAGCACGAGGCAGCGAGGGCCUAUCUGGAUAGCGAAGUUUGGUGGGGUGCAUUUGCAGGUGCCAGAGUCGUGGAGCGCUUGAGCAUCUACAUCGGCGACUGUGUCAUGCUGCUACCUCGGCUCGCCGAGUACAAUUCAGAGGACGACACCACUCCAUUCACGUACUUCCCUCGUCUUGGAGCCAUUGACGUUCGCAUUGAGAAACCUCGGAAGGUCGAAAAGUCGUGGCUCAAGGACAGGGAACUCGCAUGCGCGGAGAGUCUCGCUGCUAUUCGGUCCGUCGUUCGUACCAGGAAGGCCCUGGGUCACGGGUUAAAUUUGAUCGUUGUUGAUGAGAUUCUGCGUGGGUGGGCGUUUUGGAAGGAGAUCCAAGAUGAUGUCGAACUGAGCUUCCGUAUUUCUGAUCACCGUACUUAA